AUGUCCAAUGUGCGUGAUUCUUCAAUUGGUGUGAAGCAUGAUUAUUUCAACACCUUCUUCGGCGAAACCGGUUCAGGAAAGCAUGUCCCUAGAUCUAUAUUUGUUGAUCGUGAACCUACUGUCAUAGAUGAAGAUAAGGGAUUACCGCUAGCUUUUCCACCCAAGAACAACUCAUCUCUGGCAAGGAGGAUGUGGUCAACAAUUUCGCCACAGAACACCACUGCGUGCGCCUGGGGCACUUUCUUCGGGAAGACCAACGCGCCAAAAACGAUGGUUGAGAUGUAUCCGUCCCGACGAGGUCUGCCGAAGAACAAGUUAGAAAGGCUAACCUUCCCAGCAAUAUCAGGUGCAGAUCCAUUGAUAAUUUUCGUUUGGCCUAUUUCUAUGGAUGAGCUUUACUCGGGUCGGGUCGUUCAGUUUCAAUCCUGA